AUGGCUCAGCAGUGUUCGACGAGACAUGUCGCCGGCAGCCGCGCUGGGUACCUGCCGAUUGAGGACUAUGGCAUGAUUGGCAACAUGCACACCUGCGCGCUCGUGGGUACGAACGGCUCAGUUGAUUUUAUGUGCUGGCCGGAUUUCGACUCGCCCAGUGUCUUCUGUCGAUUACUAGAUCAGGAAAAGGGCGGCUUCUUCAGUAUUUGUCCUCCUCCGUCUAAGCUGUGUACCACCAAGCAACAGUACCUCCCAUCCUCCAACAUCUUGCAAACUAGAUACAUUCAUGAUGACGGCGUUGUCGACCUCGUGGACUUCUUCCCUCGACCCAAGACUGCCACGGUCAUAUCGAAGAGUACCCGCCAGGGCGCGUUCCGUGAGAUAACCAAGAUCCAGGAGGAGCUCAAGAAAUGGCUCGUCCGUCGAGUUGAGUGUAUCCGCGGCCGUCUCCAGCUUGACGUUGAGAUCUUCCCGGCCUUUCAAUACGCCAGCAAGUCCCACGUCACCACAAUCGUCGAGCCGACUCACACGGCAGGCAGCUCAAGCAAGGCGGUCACAUUCCACAGCGAGCACUACAAGAUGCAGCUCGACAUCGCCGUCGACGCCGCCGAGUCUGGCGUAGCUCCCUCCAUCAACUUCACAAAGGAGAAGCGCGACGGCAUGCUGGGCGAAGGCGUCGUAGCUCACAUUGAAAUCGAGGAGGGUCAGGCCGUCUCGUUUGUCCUCCGGAACGACAAGCCGGACCACGUCACCGAGAACGUCACGACGGCCGUGCUCGACGGCCAGCAGCAUGAUACGCAGUCGUUCUGGUACAAUUGGAUCUCCAAGAGCAAGUACAAGGGCCGGUGGCGCGAGGUCGUCAACCGGAGCUUGAUGUUGUUGAAGAUGUUAACUUACGAGCCCACUGGCGCCAUCGUGGCUGCUCCAACGUUUUCCAUCCCCGAGGAUAUCGGCGGUGUGAGAAACUGGGACUAUCGCUUCUGCUGGGUCCGCGACUCUAGCUUCACAAUCUACAUCCUCCUCCGUCUGGGCUUCUCCGCCGAGGCCGACGCCUACAUGGACUUCAUCAGCGAGCGUUUCAUCAAGUCGCGCGGCCCCGGCGGCGAGCUGCCCAUCAUGUUCACCAUCCGAGGCGAGACGGAGAUCCCCGAGAUGGAGCUCAAUCACCUUGAGGGGUAUAGGGGCAGCAAGCCCGUGAGAAUAGGCAACGGGGCCGCGUUCCAUCAGCAGUUUGACAUUUACGGCGAGCUCAUGGACGGUAUUUAUCUGUACAACAAGUAUGGGAAGCCCAUUAGCUGGGACCAGUGGUGCUCAGUGAGAGAGAUGCUAGACUUUGUCCUGACCCUAACGGAUAAACCCGACAUGUCCAUCUGGGAGGUUCGCAACAAGAAACAAAACUUUACCUAUUCCAAGGUCAUGCUUUGGGUCGCCUUCGACCGCGGUCUCCGGCUCGCAGAUAAACGCAACCUCCCCUGUCCCAAUCGCAGCAAAUGGCUCGAGGCUCGUGACAAUUUGAUGGAAGAGAUCAUGGACAAGGGCUACAACAAGGAGAUGAAGUGCUUCGUCCAGAGCUACGAGAACAAUACUAUGCUCGACUCCUCGAUCCUCAUCGCCCCUCUCGUCUUCUUCAUCGCCCCUAACGACCCGCGCUUCCUGAACACCAUGGACCGCAUCCUCAUGCCCCCCGAAAAGGGCGGCCUCACCAGUACAGGUCUCGUGUCGCGUUACGAUACCGAGCUUUCAGACGACGGUGUCGGCGGAAGAGAAGGCGCCUUCAGCAUGUGUACCUUUUGGCUCGUCGAGGCCAUGACGCGGGCCUCCGUUUACGAGCCGAAAUACCUCGUCCGCGCCGUCAACCUCUUUGAGAACAUGCUCAGCUUCUCGAACCACCUCUCCAUGUUCUCCGAGGAGAUUGCCCGCAGCGGCGAGCAGCUCGGUAACACGCCGCAGGCCUUUAGCCAUCUAGCCCUCAUCAGCGCCGCCUUCAACCUGGAUCGCGUAACUGGGUUUCAGCGAUGA